UGGUCCGUCCCCUUCCUCUCCCGGGCUAACGCCUCGCCAGAAGCUUCUGGGGAUUUCUCCGGCGCGGAGCAUUGUGGGCUUCCGUGGGCGGCCUCUAGGCGGAAAACUGAGGAGUUGCGGUGCCCUAAAGCCGCUUCCAAGAUGAUGCCCACACCAGUUAUCCUGUUGAAAGAGGGUACUGAUAGCUCUCAAGGCAUCCCUCAGCUUGUGAGUAACAUCAGUGCCUGCCAAGUGAUUGCUGAGGCUGUAAGAACCACUCUGGGUCCCCGUGGCAUGGACAAACUUAUUGUGGAUGGCCGAGGCAAGGCAACAAUUUCUAAUGAUGGGGCCACAAUUCUGAAACUCCUCGAUGUUGUCCAUCCUGCUGCAAAGACUUUAGUGGACAUUGCCAAAUCCCAAGAUGCUGAGGUUGGUGAUGGCACCACCUCAGUGACCCUACUGGCUGCAGAGUUUCUGAAGCAGGUGAAGCCCUAUGUGGAGGAAGGCUUACACCCUCAGAUCAUCAUCCGGGCUUUCCGCACAGCCACCCAGUUGGCUGUUAAGAAAAUCCAAGAGAUAGCUGUGACUGUGAAGAAGCAAGAUAAAGUAGAACAGAGGAAGAUGCUAGAGAAGUGUGCGAUGACAGCCCUGAGCUCCAAGCUGAUCUCCCAGCAGAAGUUCUUCUUUGCCAGGAUGGUGGUUAAUGCUGUGAUGAUGCUUGACGAGCUGCUGCAGCUGAAAAUGAUUGGCAUCAAGAAGGUGCAGGGUGGAGCCCUAGAGGAGUCUCAGCUGGUGGCUGGCGUUGCAUUCAAGAAGACUUUCUCUUAUGCUGGGUUUGAAAUGCAGCCCAAGAAGUAUAAGAACCCCAAGAUUGCCCUCUUAAAUGUUGAGCUUGAGCUGAAAGCAGAGAAAGAUAAUGCUGAAAUCAGAGUCCACACAGUGGAGGAUUACCAGGCAAUUGUUGAUGCCGAGUGGAACAUUCUCUAUGACAAGUUAGAGAAGAUACAUCAGUCUGGAGCCAAAGUCAUCUUGUCUAAACUCCCUAUUGGGGAUGUGGCCACCCAGUACUUUGCUGAUAGGGACAUGUUCUGUGCUGGCCGAGUGCCUGAAGAGGAUCUGAAGAGGACGAUGAUGGCUUGUGGAGGCUCAAUCCAGACCAGUGUGAAUGCUCUGGUUCCAGAUGUGCUGGGCAGCUGCCAGGUGUUUGAAGAGACGCAAAUUGGAGGAGAGAGGUACAAUUUCUUCACUGGCUGCCCUAAGGCCAAGACAUGUACCAUCAUCCUCCGUGGUGGCGCUGAGCAGUUUAUGGAGGAGACAGAGAGAUCCCUACAUGAUGCCAUCAUGAUUGUGAGGAGGGCCAUCAAGAACGACUCUGUGGUGGCCGGUGGAGGAGCCAUUGAGAUGGAGCUUUCCAAAUACCUGCGGGAUUACUCAAGGACCAUUCCAGGGAAACAGCAGCUGUUGAUUGGGGCAUAUGCCAAGGCCCUGGAGAUCAUUCCACGACAGCUGUGUGACAAUGCUGGCUUUGAUGCCACAAACAUCCUCAACAAGCUGCGGGCUCGACAUGCACAGGGGGGCAUGUGGUAUGGAGUGGACAUCAACAAUGAGGACAUUGCUGACAACUUCCAGGCAUUUGUGUGGGAGCCAGCCAUGGUGCGCAUCAAUGCUUUGACAGCGGCUUCUGAGGCUGCAUGCCUUAUUGUGUCCGUGGAUGAGACUAUCAAGAACCCCCGCUCCACUGUGGAUGCUCCAGCUCCAACAGCUGGCCGGGGCAGAGGCCAAGGCCGCUUCCAUUGAGAGGCAGUCCUUGUGAGGUGAAUGGGGGGUGAGAAAAUGGUUGAUUAUCUGCAGUUUUCUCACCUGAGGUUAUUUAAAUAAAACUUAAAGUUAUUUGGUCAGUGGGUUUUUUUCCCCCAUAAACAUUUUCCUGCCUUAGAAUUUGAGUCAUGGAUAUUUGGAAAUAAAAGUAAAGAAUUGUGUUGA